AUGCACGAGUACACCAUCCUCGCCGACGCGCUCCCGCCGCCCGCGCGGGGCCGCGAGUCCUACGCCCUCUACAAGCUCUUCGAGAAGAGCGGGGUCGGCCCCAAGAACGGCGAGCAGUACGGCGCGCCCUUCCGGGAGGAGGACUGGCUGGACGACGACGACGACUGUGAGCUCCCCGCUGAUCCCAUCCCUAUCGCCGUCAGUCUACCUACUAGAACUGUGACAGUGGUCGAGCAGAUUGGGGAUGUCUUGACAGUGGACGACCAGAUUGGGGAUGUUUUGACAGUUGUCGACCAGAUUGGGGGUGUGGCAGUGGACAAGCAGAUUGGGGUUAUGACAGUGGACGAUCAGAUUGGGGAUCUUGAGGUGUUCCUGUUGCAAAAUGGAGAUGAUCAGGGAAACAGUGAACCACAGUCGGAUUUCUCGACACCGGUUUCUUCACAGCCUCCGCUUCAGCAUGGCCACCCUCAAGGUCGGCCCAGUGAUGACGGUAACACAUCUGAGGUUGCAGAUGCUACAACCAGCAGCCGUGGUAUGGUAAUGGUAGAGAAUACGUGCACUGAACUCCCUUUUGGGGAUCUUGAGGGGCUACUGAUGGAAAUAUCGGAUGAUCAACGGGCCACUGAAUCGUUCCAAGAAUUCUCAGAAUUCGUUCCCCAACUGCAGCUUCAGCAUGAUGAUCAUGAGCAUGAGGCUUGGCCCAAUGCCAACAUGGAGGAGAUUAGUGUUGCAGAUUAUACCACUAGUAAUGGCGUUGUGGACGCUUCAGGAUGUACUGUCACCGAGCUUCCCUAUGAGGAUAUUGAAGGGCUUCUGUUGCAAUUAGAGAAUGACCAGGGAAAUGUCCAACCGCUGGCAGAUUUCUCCACACCAGUUCCUCGUCAUGAGUUCCAUCAGGUUGGCUCUGGAGAUUUCCAUGGAUGUCACGGUGCUACAUUCAGCUCUGUAGAUCCUUCUUCUGCAGUGCAAGAAAACAGAGAUCUUGAUCCACGAUCAGAUCCCAGUAAUCAAAUUACACAGUCUGCUCUCACCAACAUGCCAUUGAAUUGGGAAACAGAUUGCACUGAAGAAACAAGUGCGAUGCGAUCUGUGUCUGGGUUGGCCAGUUAUGACGGCCAGGAUGCUGAUGAGGAGUUCCUUGAAAUCAACGAUUUCUUGGAUCCAGAAGAUGUAGGACAACAGAGUAUGAAUUGUACUGCAACCGAGCACUUGAUUUCUUCAUCCAAUGGGAUGUUUGACAGUUUGGAGUUUGCCGACGCUUCCAUGUUUCUACCUGGCUCAUUUGAUACAGCUGGAGUGGCGACUGAAAAUCAGUUUGGUUAUCUUGGUGAUAGUGGAUCCCAGAACCAGGGAUUGCAGUAUACAUCUGAAUCGUGGACGCACAACCAGGUUGCUCUGAAUGUGCGGAACCACAUGAAUCAUAAUCAUGUUGUCUUCUCACAUGCAUCAGGCACUGCGAAUUUCCACACAGUGAAUGAGCAACCACAUAACCUGAGUCCAGCGGAUUCACAGUCAUGGUUCAAUUCAGCUGUAUCAGCCCUGCUGGACGCGGUACCUGCCAAUCCAGCUCUGGCGGCUGAAAACAAUGUUCUCAACAGAACACUCCAACGCAUUUCUAGCUUUAGGUCAGAACAAGCUCCGAAGGAAGAAGCAAGCGCCCCAGUUAUCCAGGUUAGAAGAAGGCGCGCAGGGCUGAUCUCGGUCUCGCUACUGGUUUUGCUUGCUGCCAUCCUGUGGACCUUUGCUGCUGGCACUGGGUACGCAAUCAAGUUCUGCAAGGGGUUAUGGAAGUCCUCUACAUGA